GUGUUACAUUCGAGGUUGGGCUGUAUUCCGACUUGCUAUUGUUCAUGUUGUUUGCCAACUAGUGUAAGGUCAGCAGACGGAUGGGCUACCGUAUUUUCCACGUUGACAUUCGUGUAAAUGAAGAGGAAAAAUAAUUGACACGCGUGGAACCCGGUUUCUGAUGGAGACUUGACACAGAAUUGUCCCUGGACUAAGAUCUUGAAGCUUAUGUGACAUAUAUUAGCCAUAUCGGUUUGAUUGUCGUUGAGCAAGUGUCCCACAGUGUGUCCAGUCCUGAAGUAAGGGGCGUGGCCAUUAUUCACACUUGCUUCCAAGAAGAUUUGAGUCCAGUCAUCAGAAACCUCAUUUUAAAAUCUUAAUUAUUGUUAUUUUUGAACACAAGUCGUAGAUCAGCAUCAUGGAUCCCCAAACUAUCCUCAUUGGUGCUGCAGCAUUUGUUAUUUCUGCAAUUCUAAUUUAUUUGAUAUCUGCCUUUACUAUGAAAGAGAAAACUUUUGAGGAGGUCCUUGAGGAACAGCGUAGGCGACAGGAGGAAGAGAGAGAAAAGCAGAAGAGUGAGAAAAAAGCAGAGAAGGAACACAAGAAAAAAUAUCGUAAAGGCAAAGAAAAAACAAAAGAAAAGCCCGACAAGCCAGCCCCAGUGCAAGAAACUGAAGUACAAAGAGAUCACAAAAUGGUUAAUCUUGAAAUUGAUCCUGAAAUUAUUGAACCAGUUGAAACUGUAGCACUGAAUACCAAAAAGUCUAAAAACAAAAAGUCGAAGUCCAUUCUGGUCAACAAAGACGAAAAGCCAAUUGUGGCUGAGGGCAAGCAGAUGAAAGAACUUUAUCACAAGGAACAGGCACCUAAGGAUGAGGUUGAGCUUCACCAUGAGCAGCAACGAGGAAAAGAUAAACAGCACUCUGAGCAGCAGACCAAAGCAAGCAAGAAGCAAGAGAAGGCUGAGCGUUUGGAGAAGGAACGCAUUGUUCAUGUGGAGAAACGUACUGAGACCAUGGUUGAGAUACAGCACACCAGGGCUGUUAUGGCUGAAUCUGAGGUCAAGUCAUCUAGAUCCAAAGGCGGUGUCCAUGCAGCAGAUGGAUCGCCUCUGAAUGGUUCCAAAUUGAUUGCAUCUGUUAAAGCGGCCAACUUGAAGGAUUCUGAAAUUCAAACCCUGAUCGAGAUUCUCCUCAACCGACAAGGCAUCUCCACAUCAGGAGCAGGAGCAGCUUCAGCCACAGAAUGGAACAAGAAAAGCCAGAAGGGAGACCCCACAUCUCUGUUGAGGAAACAGCUGGAGGAGAAGGAGAGGGCCCUGCAGGAAGAGCAAACCAUCGCAAUGUCUGCCAGCAGCCGUGUGAAGGAGUUGAGACAAGACCUGUCAUCAGAGAAGGCCAAAUUUGCUUCACUGGAAAAACGCUACCAAGAAAAGCUGAGUCUUCAGGAGCGUGAGAUUGAGUCUCUUCAUGCACGCAUGCAAAACACCCACCAGCAGCACAUGAGGGACUCGGAAGCCUUGCAGUCCAAGGUGGCCCAGCUUGAGACAGCCGGGGACCUAAGUGUCAUACAGAAGCUCCAAGAGGAAAAGAAGCUCUUGAGUGAAACACUGGCCAAAACAGCGAGUGAGAAGACUAUCUCCCCGGCAGAGGUCAACAACCUCAAACAAAAGGUGCAGAUCAUGGAGAAGGAACUGUCCAGCAAUGCCAUCAAGCUGAACGCCUCCGAGAACGCCAAGAAGUCACUGGAACAGAAACUUGCCAAGUUUGAGGAGCAGCUGAAGAAACAUGAUGCAGGACAGAAGGACUCUGAUGUCCAGAUGACUCGCAGGAUGGAGGAAGUUAGCCAGGAGCUGCGUCGUGCCGAAGCCCGAAACGAAACACUUGCUAAUGACAAGAAGAAGGCUAGUACAGAACUGACCAAGGCAAAUGAUGCUCUGAAUAUUGCCCAGCAGGAAGUGAGCACACUCAAGUCAAAACUGCAGGAAUUGGAAAAACAUUUGUCAGCCAGCGAUAACCAAAAGGAACUUGAGACAAAAUUACAGGAAUCAGAGAGAAAGAAAUUGGAUUUAGAAGGAAAUAUUAAAAAUUUGGAAAAACAGCUAUUUGUUGUCCAAAAGCAGCGAGCAGAGCUUGAUUCAGAUAUGAAGACGCUGAAGCAAGAGAACUAUGCCUUGGCAGAAGAGAUGAAGACAACCAAGGAGAGGCAGGCUGGAGAGGGACAGGAGGCCCCAACAGCACCGGCCGGGGCUCCUAACGGGGAUGUCCAUGAGAAGGCAGAUGGGAAGCAAAUCGAAAUCAGUCAGCAUGAAAAAAUACUUGGAGAAAAAAUUGCAGAAAUUAGCAAACUGACAGUAGAUAUCCAGUCACAGAAACAACAGGUGUCAUCAUUACAAGAGCAGCUGGAUGCUCAGAAAAAGAAGAAUAAUGAAUUACGGGAAAAGAACUGGAAAGCAAUGGAGGCGUUAGAAAAAGCUGAAAAAUCAGCCUCAGUUAAAGUUGAUAAUGCUGUCAAAUCCUCUAGGGAUGAGAAGAGUCAGGCCCAGGUAUCUGAAAUAGAGGCUCUGGAUAAAGGAGUCUUACAAAGGCUCUUCCCAGACAUAGCUGUCAAUGCCAAGCUGGUUCAUAAUGACUGGAUGGGUCAGUUUGAGGAAGAAGCAUCAACAUACAUCACAAACGUCACCUCCAAGUCCUCAGAAAGUGCCGCGCAGGAUGCCAGGGUCCAAGAACUUACGUCCUCUAAUACAAAGUUACAGUCACAAGUGUCUGAGUACAAGCAGCUGGUUACAGAUGCUGAGACCAAACUUCAGCAGCUGGAGAAGAGUGUGGAGUCAGAGGAGAAGAGGUGGCAGAAGGAGCUUCAAGAUGCACAAUCCAAACUCAAAACGAGUACAAGCCAAGUUAGUGAAUUAGAGGUGAUAAUGUCACAAUACAAGUCAGAGGUGACAGUCAUCAAGAAAUCCCUAGCUGAGACAGAGAAUCGCUUAGGUGAGGCAGAAUCCAAAAAUCAGCAGGUUAAUGAGAGUAGGGCAGAAUCUAAUGCAGUUGAAGAAAAGUGCCGUCAGCUCCAAGACCGUGUUGGCCAGCUGGAGGAAAACAACUCUCAGUACGAGAAGCAGGUGCAGGAGUACCGGAAUGUCCUUGCCCUCACGGAGGACAAAUUGAGCCAGCUGGAACAGCAGGCCAAGACCGAGGAGUCCAGGUGGCAGGACAAGAUCACCAAGACAGAGACAGAUCUUCAGCAGUCCAAAAAAGAUGUGGAGUGUUUACAAGAGCAGGUGAAGAAGUUUCGAGGAAGUACUGAGGAUCUCUCUGAUUUGUCUUUCGCAUACGGCAUCGUAGAGAAAAGUCUGCCUCGUAUUAUUGAAGAGAUGGAGGUGAAGGUCGAGUCUCUGGAGAGCCAGUUGAAGGCCUCUGAAGAGAGGUGUUUGAUGCUGCAGAAAGAGUCUGAGGAGGCACAAACCAAAGUUGUUACAGUUCAAAGUCAGCUAGAAAUUACAAAGCAUUCUUCAGAUGAUUUAGAAGCCCUUAGGCGGCGGAUCAAGGAGCUUGAAGAUUUCUUUGAGGCAGAGAAAAAGAAAACAAAAGAUCUGUCCACAAAUAUUGUGAAGCUCAAUGGCAUCAUCAAGACCGGUCAAGAUGCUCUCAAGCAGGAACAGGGAACUGUAGAGAAACUCUCAGAACAGCUCAAUGCAGCACAGUCAGGAGGCGGAGGAUCUGGGAAGGGUGUGAAGGAGUUGAGGGCCAAACUGGUUGAUAAGGAAAAACUCCUUGAACGUGAAAUAAUGGCAAACAAGCAACUUAGUCAACAACUGCGCACACUUGACAUAUGACAUAGGGAGGGACUCCAUGCUGUGCUGCUUCUCCGGGAAAUGAUGCGGGGACCUCAGUUUAACACCUGCUUUCUACUGGUUUAAAUUCUGCCAUGACGUACAUCUUCAUCUGGCAAUGCCCUAGCCAGACGUUGUCAUGUUGUCACUAUCAACGCUAUCAACCAGGUGGAUGAUCUUUGUGUCACCCAUGGAUGACAUCUUCUCUUCAGCUCAGUCAUAUCAUUAUCAUUUUAAAUAUACAUGUACAAUAGUUAUAAGUGUUUGUAUGACAGCAGUGUUUUUUACCAUUGCUUGCUUUUCUCACUGGUGAAUGUUCAUUGUCUUCCUUGUCAAAGGUCAAUGCAUUGUAGGUCAAGGUGACUUGAACAAGGAAACAUGUCACAUACUCUGAGGACAUGACAUUUUCUUGGUUUGGUUUAAUAAAAAAUACAUGCUUUCUAUACUUAACAGCAGCAUAUAUUUUAUUAAAUGAUAGUGUAUUGUAAAAAGACCUACUGACUUGACCUUGACCUUUGACAUUGGCUGCCAUGUUGUUAUUGCAGGCCAUGUUUCAUUGUGUCAGGUAACCUGUCAUCAUUGCUGUAGUUGGGGUGGAAACUCUUUCAUUAAAAAAAUGUCAUAUUUUAUGAGUACAGGUCAUAACCUGGUAGAGACAAUGCUGUCAGGACAAUUAUGUUUCAAAUCAGUAUAUUUUCAUAUGUGUAAAACUGAAGCAGACUUAUACUCCUAAUUUGUCUCACUACAGUCAUAAUAUGGUUAAGAUGAGUGACCUGAUUGAACACAACAUGAAUAUAAUCACAAGCAUUUAGUAAGGCAUUUAUGAAAUAAUGAAACUUGUGGACAAGCCAGAAUGCUGAAACUUACCUGGUUUGUAUCAUAAGAAGAUGUGGAAAUAACAUGUACACUGUAAUGGUUAGUAUUAAUGUUUUGUUAUUGACAUCAGGGUCAAUGUUUAGUCUUUUGUCUUUGAAAUUGAUCAUGUGAGGUAAUGCAUGGAGAUAAACUUUACAGCACUACUUAUGGAGACAACUGAAGUAUUACAGAAGUACAUGGAAUAGAUUACUGAAGACAUUUAAUGUGCUAGUACUAUGUAUUAAUUUGACCAAUUUGCACUGACAUGGUGUUGUAGAUGGCUCGGCUGCACAGCUUGUGUUUGCCAAGCCUUUGGAUACUGCAUAAUUGCUGGUUGUACUCGUCACAUUGCACAAGCCGAAGUGUGCAGAUAGCACCCGUUGGGCUGUCUUGCUAUUUUCAGCUGAUACUGUUCGUCAUUGUUGAGAUCUUAUUUUCAAUAUUUAAUUUGUUCAUGUUUAAACAUCUUUUUCUUUGUUUCCUCUCCAGUUGUCAUGUUGUUACUUUGUGAGGAUAUGUUGAAUAUGCAAUAUACAUGUAGAUGGGUCCACUCAUUGUUAAAGUUUGUUUUUCUGUGAAUAUGUUUGCUUAUUUACUUCCCCCACUUGGAAAACUGAAAGUGUAUUUUUUCAUGGGGCAAUAUCAGGUGAUUGUAAAUUAACAUUUGAUGCUGAAAUGUCGAAAUUGUUAAUCUUAGAAAUGUGAAAAUUAGUCUGAAUUUAUUUUUGCAGUAGUGACCAAAUUAUGUUUUGUGGAUUAAGAUAUGUAGUUGUUUCCCCAUUAGGUUUCCCUACUAGUAUAAUAUUGUUCUGACACAUGGUACACCUGUUGCUGUUGCCUAUAUGUCCAUUGUACAGAAUCAACUUUGUACAGUAAUUGCACUUUGAUUAUUUACAGUGAUAUAUUAUUAUGAUAUUUCUGCAUUGUAGAAGCUGUGUGAUGAAGGUGGUAGGGGCAGAGUAUACAGUGUGAACACAAGAUGACAUAGCUUAUUGGUAGCAACAGGUGAAGGGAGGGCUUAGUUUUUGUUCAUGACCAGCAACACCUUAUAUUAAAACAAUAUCAUAUCAAAUGUCACAAAAAAUUGUCAGUGAUGAAACUAGAUUAUGGCAUAUUCAUUACUUUUAUUUAUAAAUAUACAAAUUCAUCUACUUGUUUAGAAGAACUGUAAAGUAAGUAAAGCUAGUCGCAGGGACUCACAGAGCAUGUACCAGCUCAUUAACAGACAGUAUACUUCACAGUGCCUUUCAGCUGAUUAUUUACUCUUGCAUGUACCCACUUAGCGCAGCUUCUUAUGUCCAGGACCAUACCAUGUACUAUGUGCCAAUUGUAGCUGAGGCGGGUACUCGCCAUGUACAUUGAUCCAUUACAUAACACUAUUUAAAUUCUGUUGUGCUAGAUUUGGCCUGUCUUUCCUUGGUAGCCAUUGUAGUGUUGAUCUGCAGAGCAGGUUAUCCUUUCUGCCAGAGACGGCAAACAGAAUUGUUACUAGUCACAUAUUGUUUUGUUUCAGGUUAUCAUUUGUAACAUAGAUUAUCAUUUAUUGUAAGAAUCCAAUGCAGUUACCUGCUUGCCACGUAUCAAUAGGCUAGAUGACAUUAAUCACUGAAUAAUUUACCAAUGAGAUUUUAUGUUGAUUUAUUGUAAUUAAGCAUGUUAAGCAUGUAUUGGUCCAUAGGUAGACUGUUCAGUAAAUAUCGGACCAGGUAACAUGUUUCUGGUAACAAGCUACUGCCCCAGUAUCGCCAUGCCAACCAGGGAGGGUGUUGCCAGGUUCCUGCUGUGUCACAAGGAAUGACAAUGGUAUGAGGUGCGGUUAAGGUUACAGUCACUGUUUCAUUGUACACAAAUGGCUGGCAAAUCUUCUUUCCUGGUUGCAGUGACUGGGUCAGGUCACAUGCUUCAUUCACACUUGGUGGAGGGGCCUGCAGACUGGGCUAUAUGGGGGCCCCUUUGUCCAGUUUGUAUGGAAUCUCUAGUGAUUGUUCACUGUGUGACUCAUGUCCAGCAUUGGUCAAGCUCAGUUAAUAAAAGUUAUGUCUCACCA